GUUUGCAUCACACAUCAUCUGCUUUGCACAGAAGCCAGUUCCUGCUCUCCCAGCUCACCCUGCCUUGUGUUCUCUGUUCGUCUUAACAAUACGGACAAUGAACACUGUUUACCAGGAGCGUAUGGCCGCCGCCAUGGCCACAGCUCUUGCCGCCAAGAACUCCGCGGCACCUGAUAACUCCGCCGAGAUGCGCCUCUACCUUGACAAGCUGAAGGACCUGGUACCACACUGCCCCAAGAACCGCAACGUGGACAAGCUGGAGCUGAUUCAGCACGUCAUCGACUACAUCAGCGACCUCCAGGACACCCUUCAGUCCGACUCUGAUUCCGACAGUCUUCCGGAGAGUCCAGGGGAGCACAUGAACUUCAGCGACGCUUACAACAGGUCAUCACAACCCCUCAACUUCAGCAUGCAGCAGCAGCAGCAGCAGCAGCCCAACAACGACUACUCGAUGGACUACAGCGGCGCCUCUGGUUGUAGCGACGGUGCUUCAGCUUCAGGAUUUAACAACGGCUUCAGUUCUUCAGGCUGCAGCAACAUGGACAGUUCGGCCAGCUACGAGAGUGGUUUCGUCAACAAUCCCAGCGACUACAGUACUAUUCUCUACAGCGACCACGGCACCAGCUCAGCGCCAGGCUACAGGACGUCUUAUUAGAUGGACCAAUCUCUGACUGACGCAUCGUUGACCUGCAAUAUCACCGUAAUCUCUGCAAUCCUGUUUGCUGACUCUUGAGCCAGAUGAAGGAAGGUCUUGGGUUGGUUGCUGGCAGCAUCCCCGUUGCCGCCUGACCUUCAGCUCUCAAGUGCUCCUCGAACUACGACCACCUGACGAGCCCCGAGAGUGAUGCUCAUCUACUCGUCAACAAUGGCCUGCUCCACCCUGUGAUAAUCACUGUAUAUAAAAUGUUAUUGAAUUAUUUAUUUUGUACAUAUAAAUAUAUAUUUUUGAAUCGUGUGAAUAAACAUUUUAUUUUGUA